AUGGCGACCACAAGUUCUAUGUUCAUGUAUAGCUUGACUAUACAACCGCCGUCAGCCAUCACUUCCGCAGUGUUGGGUCAAUUUGCCGGUACAAAAGAGCAACAGAUCAUCACAGCAUCUGGCUCGAAGCUCACCAUACACAGACCCGAUGCCACCCAAGGGAAGAUCUCCCCAUUGUUCACCCAAGACUGCUUCGGUAUCAUCAGGAGCCUCGCAUCCUUUCGUUUAGCUGGAAGCAACUACCUGAUCGUUGGAUCUGAUUCUGGACGCAUCACCAUACUCGAAUACGUCCGCGAACAAAACCGUUUCAAUCGCGUACACCUCGAAACCUACGGAAAAUCCGGAAUUCGCCGUGUCAUACCUGGCCAAUACCUUGCAGUCGACCCUAAGGGACGAGCAUGCCUCAUUGCUUCCGUGGAAAAGAACAAACUGGUCUAUGUUCUCAACAGAAAUGCUCAAGCUGAGUUGACGAUAUCGUCACCACUUGAAGCUCAUAAACCCCAAACGCUGGUUUUUGACUGCAUUGCACUGGAUGUUGGAUACGAAAACCCAAUCUUUGCUGCACUAGAGGUUGACUAUACUGAGGUAGACCAAGAUCCCAGUGGCCAAGCGUUCGAAGAGGUCGAAAAACUUCUGGUCUACUACGAGCUCGACUUGGGUCUGAACCAUGUGGUUCGUAGAUGGGCCGAACCCGUUGCGCGGGACGCCACGAAGUUGUUUCAGGUGCCUGGCGGCUCUGAUGGGCCCAGCGGGGUUCUUGUAUGCGCCGAAGACAAUAUCACCUACCGGCAUUCCAACCAAGACGCCUUCAGAGUUCCCAUACCUCGAAGGAGAGGUAUACUUGAGAACCCGGAACGAAAACGACAUAUUGUUGCCGGUGUUAUGCAUAAGAUGAAGGGGCAAUUUUUCCUGCUUCUACAGACAGAGGAUGGCGAUUUGUUCAAAACGACGAUUGAGAUGGUUCAAGAUGAAAACGGGCAACCCACUGGAGAAGUUCAAGCUCUGAAGAUCAAGUAUUUUGACACGGUACCAGUCGCCAAUAGCCUGCACAUAUUGAAGAGUGGGUUUCUCUUUGUAAGUGCUGAGAAUGGCAACCACCAUUUCUAUCAGUUCGAGAAACUCGGUGAUGACGACGAAGAAACGGAGUUUACCAGUGACGACUACCCAUCGGAUCCAACCGGAGACUAUUCUCCCGCAUACUUUCACCCAAGAGCUCUGUCCAACCUCAACAUGGUACAGAGCAUUGACUCAGCUAAUCCUCUCAUGGAUUGUAAGGUUGCAAACUUGCUCGAUGAGGAUGCUCCUCAGAUCUACUCAAUAUGUGGUUCCGGCGCUCGGAGUAGUUUCAAGACACUUAAGCACGGAUUAUCUGUCUCCGAGAUCGUAGAAUCAGAGCUUCCUGACAGGCCUGAGGCUGUCUGGACGACGAAGUUGACAAGGGAAGACGAGUAUGACGCAUAUAUCAUAUUGUCCUUCAAAUCAGGUACUCUAGUACUAAGCAUAGGAGAAACUGUGGAGGAAGUAACCGACACGGGAUUUUUGUCAACGGCACCUACUCUUGCCGUCCAGCAAUUGGGGGAUGACGCUCUCAUACAGAUUCACCCCCGAGGCAUACGACAUAUUCGUGCUGAUAAGCGAGUCAACGAAUGGCCAGCACCUCAACACAGAUCCAUCGUCGCUGCAACUACGAACGAACGACAAGUUGCUGUGGCCCUGAGUUCCGGCGAGAUUGUUUACUUUGAGCUGGAUACAGAUGGAUCCCUCGCAGAAUAUGAUGAACGCAGAGAAAUGACUGGGACGGUGACAUGUCUCAGCUUAGGCGAUGUCCCGGAGGGUCGCGUACGGAGCUCAUUUUUAGCUGUCGGGUGUGAUGACUCGACCGUCAGAAUCUUGAGUCUUGACCCAGACUCUACCCUAGAAAACAAAUCGGUCCAAGCACUGACUUCGGCGCCCUCAGCCCUGUCCAUCAUGGGUAUGGCUGACUCGACUUCGGGCGGAACUACUUUGUAUCUUCACAUCGGACUCUAUUCUGGAGUCUACCUUCGAACGGUCUUGGACGAAAUUACUGGGGAGUUGUCGGACACAAGAACCCGAUUCCUCGGAUUGAAGCCGGCGAAACUUUUCCGUGUCUCAGUCAAAGGUCAAAAUGCAGUUAUGGCCUUAAGCUCACGGGCGUGGCUGGGCUAUACCGACACACAGACAAACGGGUUUAUGCUGACACCUCUGGAUUAUGCUGGGCUCCAGUAUGUCUGGAACUUCACCAGCGAGCAGUGUCCUGAAGGAAUAGUAGGCAUUCAAGGCCAGAAUCUCAGGAUCUUCACUAUUGAAGAUUUGUCAAAGAACUUGUUGCAAGACAACAUUUCACUCUCAUACACACCUCGCAAAUUCGUUAAACAUCCCGAGCACCCGCUCUUCUACGUCAUUGAGGCCGAAAACAACGUCCUUGCUCCCUCGACACGGCAAAAGCUUCUUACCGAAUCUACCGCAGUCAAUGGUGACGCGGUUGUAUUACCACCCGAGGAAUUCGGAUAUCCGCGGGGAACUGGGCAUUGGUCAUCAUGCAUACAGAUAGUUGACCCCGUCACGACGAAAUCGGUUCUCUUCACUCUUGACCUGGAGGACAAUGAAUGUGCAACUAGUAUCACUGCAGCACCCUUCGCAGGGCAAGACGAUGAGACAUUCUUGAUUGUCGGAACCGCGAAGGAUUUGACAGUCAGUCCGAGAUCUUACGCUGCGGGAUUUCUGCAUGUUUAUCGGUUUCAUGACGAUGGCAAGGAACUUGAGUUCAUCCAUAAGACAAAGGUCGAGCAUCCUCCAACUGCUCUCCUUGCUUUUCAAGGGCGAUUACUUGCCGGGGUGGGUACAGAUCUAAGAAUCUAUGACCUUGGUAUGAAACAGAUGCUUCGCAAAUGCCAAGUACGCAUGCCCAAUCAAAUCGUCGGCCUCCAGACUCAGGGAAGCAGAAUUGUUGUCAGCGAUGUACAAGAAAGUGUUAUCUAUGUGGUUUACAAGUUUCAAGAGAACAAACUCAUCCCUUUCGCCGACGACGUUAUUGCGCGCUGGACAACCUGCGCCACCAUGGUUGACUACGAAACCGUCGCAGGUGGUGACAAGUUUGGUAACUUGUGGCUUCUGCGCUGUCCGCCGAAGGCGUCUGAGGAGGCUGACGAAGAUGGCUCUGGGGCUCACCUGGUACACGAGAGGCAGUACCUCAGUGGCGCGCCCAACAGACUCAGCUUGAUGGCACACUUCUUCCCUGGAGAUAUCCCCACGAGCAUCCAAAAAACGAAUUUGGUAGCCGGUGGUCGGGAUGUUGUAUUCUGGACUGGAUUCCAGGGCACACUCGGUAUGCUCGUGCCCUUUGUCAGCCGUGAAGACGUGGAUUUCUUUCAGUCUCUCGAGAUGCAAUUGGCCUCGACCAACGGCAAUCCUCCCCUUCUCGGUCGCGACCACCUCAUCUACCGGUCUUACUAUGCACCUUCGAAGGGCACUAUCGACGGUGACCUAUGCGAAACUUAUUUCCUUCUGCCAAACGACAAGAAGCUGAUGAUUGCUGGCGAGCUGGAUCGUUCGGUCCGCGAGAUUGAACGAAAGAUCUCGGAUAUGAGAACACGAGUGGCAUAUUAA